AUGCCUGCCAUGUCUCGUAUUGCCCUGACCCUGGGCCUGGCCUUGGGUGCCUCUGCGGCCAAGAACUCAAUCCUCGCGCCCACUGGAGCCGAAAAGCUUACUGUCGGUCUUCUGGGAGACUACGGCUGGACUGGCUGGCAGCCUCUGCCUCUAGACUUCUGCAACAAUGCCAUGCCUAAGCUCCAGGCCGACGGUGUUACCAUCCCUCGCGAUCUCCAGAAUGACUGUGACCCCGGUGACCGUCAGGCGAUUGCGAAUGCCACCAUCGAGGAGACCCGCACCUCCAAGUACAUCGAAAAGAUCUGCCUCCAGAAGAACUGCUCCGCCUUCAUUUCCGUCGGCGACAACUUCUACGACAGCGGUGUCGACUUCACCUCCGAGGGUAUCCAGCGCUUCUACGAGGGCUGGGCCAACAUGUACGUCGGCAAGGCCUUCGACGGCAAACCCUGGUACCAAGCCCUGGGUAACCACGACAUCGUCGCCGGCAAAGCAGGCGUCGACUUCCAGACCCGCAUCGCGCCCCUGAUGGAGGACCGCUGGUACUUUGGCGAGCACAACCUGCCCUACUACACGUACGACCUGAAGGGCUCCAACUGGACAGCGACCUUUGCCGUCGUCGACUCGGACUGCUUCAUCAACAAUUACCAGGCAAGCACCUCCGUGUACAACACCGACUACGUCAUCGAAUGCCACAAGACCACGCAGACGCAAGUCGAGUUCGUCCGCAAGGCUUUCGCUGAGUCCGACGCCACCUGGAAGAUCCUGCAGAUCCACCACGGCUUCGUCUCCUCGUCGACCAACUACACCGAGCUUGCGCCCCUGAUGGACAUUGUCCGCGAGAACAACGGCGUCGUGAUCAAUGGCCACGACCACUGCAUGGCCCACUACCAGCUCAACGGCACCAACUUCGUUCUCACCGGUGGCGCGGGCUACGCCGAGGCUGGCGACUGCAACUACGGCGUUCCCCUGGGCCCGUUCACCAAGUGGCUCGGUGCUGAUGCCCAGCAGGCUGCCAAUGGCUUCGUCACCCUGGACAUUAGCUAUAAUGCUCUGCAAUUUGAGUACUAUGCUCGUGACAUGGCUCUCAAGGGUGCGGAUUACUACCCUGUCGCUAACGACAUGGUUCCUUCGUACAACUUUACCGUCACCCAGCACGCUACCAAGGCUUAA